AUGUCGAAAAUAAUUAGAAAAUUCAGACAAAUAAAGAAGAAAGAAAGAAUUGGAAAAGAAUAUACCCUCUUUAAAUACCCUGCAGUAUCCGAAACUACCAAGAGCACUGUUGUAGAUCUUAUUCAUGAAAGAGGAAAAUGUGCACCAAUAGCUGUUCUUGAAAUCAAUGGUGAAAAAUAUAAUGUUGCUGCAACAGAGGGCCUGAAUGUUGGCUCUCAGAUUACAAUUGGUAGUGACGUAGAAAUAAAAAUAGGAAACAUCACUCAUCUAAAGAAUAUUCCUGAAGGUUCUUCUGUACAUUCAGUAGAGUAUGUUUUAGGGGAUGGAGGUAAACUUGCAAUAACAGCUGGCGCAUUCUGUGAUAUUGUAAAUCACAGAAAGGAAAGCAAUCAAACAGUUAUUCGAAUGCCUUCUGGACAGAAGAAGGUCCUUAAUUCCGAUGCUAGAGCUAUCAUUGGUCUUGUUGCAGGUUCUGGUGUAACCGAGAAACCUAUUCUUAAAGCAGGGACAGCUCAUUAUCUUUACAAAUCUAGGGGACAAAUCUUUCCAAAAGUUAGAGGUGUGGCCAUGAAUCCAGUUGAUCACGCUCAUGGAGGAGGUAAUCAUCAGCAUAUUGGUGCCCCAAGUACUAUUGCCAAAACUGCUCCAUAUGCACAACAGGUUGGAUUGAUUGGUGCUAGAAGCACGGGUAGAAGAACUGGUUCAAAGAAGAAUAUCAAGUAA